CCUUCCCGCUAACUAAUAACGGAGUCUCAUUUCUUUAUUUCAACAAACCAAACUUUUAUUUUUCUUUUAAAUCAAAAUAAAAAAUCUCAAUUUUCCACUAUAAAUAAGCUAAAACCAGACCCCAAAAGAUCAAGUCUUUUUUUCGUGUGUUUCUUGAUUCUUGUUCAAGCUCUCGCAUUUCCAACGGUGAAAACAAAUGGCACGCAAGAAGAUCAGAGAGUAUGAUUCUAAGAGAUUGUUGAAGGAGCAUUUUAAGAGGCUUGCCGGCUAUGAAUUGCCUCUCAAGUCUGCCCAAGUUACAGAAUCGACUGAUUUCAGCGAGCUAGCUGAGAAGGAACCUUGGCUUUCAUCCGGGAAACUUGUUGUAAAGCCUGACAUGUUGUUUGGCAAGCGUGGCAAGAGUGGUCUAGUUGCUUUAAAUCUAGAUCUGGCUGAAGUUGCUGGUUUUGUAAAAGAACGCAUUGGCAAAGAGGUUGAGAUGGGUGGGUGUAAAGGACCUAUAACAACAUUCAUUGUUGAGCCAUUCAUCCCCCACAAUGAAGAAUUUUACCUUAACAUCGUCUCAGAGCGACUAGGAUGCAGCAUGAGCUUUUCAGAAUGCGGUGGAAUUGAAAUUGAAGAGAAUUGGGAUAAGGUCAAGACUAUAUUUGUUCCAACAGGGACAUCAUUUACAUCUGAAGUUUGUGCUCCACUUGUUGCAACCCUUCCAUUGGAGAUAAAAGGAGAACUUGAGCAGUUUAUUAAAGUUGUUUUUGCUCUAUUUCAAGAUCUCGACUUCACUUUCCUAGAGAUGAAUCCUUUUGCUUUGGUCGAUGGGAAACCGUAUCCAUUGGAUAUGAGGGGCGAGCUGGAUGACACUGCUACCUUCAAGAACUUUAAGAAGUGGGGAAACAUUGAAUUUCCGAUGCCAUUUGGAAGAGUUAUGAGCCCCACUGAAAGCUUUAUUCAUGGACUUGAUGAAAAGACAAGUGCAUCACUGAAAUUCACAGUUCUAAAUCCAAAGGGACGAAUCUGGACUAUGGUGGCUGGAGGAGGUGCAAGUGUCAUAUACGCAGAUACUGUUGGUGAUCUUGGUUAUGCUUCCGAACUUGGGAACUAUGCAGAAUACAGUGGAGCACCCAAUGAAGAUGAAGUAUUGCAAUAUGCUAGGGUUCUAAUUGAUUGUGCUACUUCUGAUCCUGAUGGCCGUAAAAGAGCCCUUGUAGUUGGAGGAGGGAUUGCUAACUUCACUGAUGUGGCUGCUACAUUCAAUGGCAUAAUUCGAGCCUUAAAGGAGAAGGAAUCAAAGCUUAAAGCAGCAAGGAUGCACAUUUAUGUGAGGAGAGGAGGCCCUAAUUACCAAAAAGGCCUUGCAAAAAUGAGGACACUUGGAGAAGAAAUUGGCAUUCCCAUUGAGGUUUAUGGUCCUGAAGCAACAAUGACUGGUAUAUGCAAGCAAGCAAUUGAGUGCAUCACUGUGGCUGCGUAAAUGGCAGACUCCUGAGAUUAAUCUUUGUUGUUGUUUCUUCUCUUUUUUUAUUUGCAUGGGAAAUUUAAUUUGAGUUUUUUUUUUACAACUUUAGUUCCUUACUUUGUGCUGAGAAUUAAUUAAGAAAUGUUAGUUGUUCUUCACUUAUUAAA